AAUACAAGAGGUGCUCAUUCGGGGUGGUUACGGGUGAAGUCUUUAACGCCAAUUGAAGUGGUGUAGCAGUCAAGAAAAUGCCAAUGACUAGCUAUCGCAUGGCGAAUUGUAAUUGAUAUAGCUCUUCACAUUACCAAAAGCCUGAAAGAAAGAGACCUAAGUUAAGCAUUGAAAGAAGUGUAACUCUACUCCAGCCUUUGUUUACCGUUCCUUUCAUUAGAUGAUUGUUGGAAGAGUUAGAUGCAAAGAAGAAUUGUGAAGCACGGAUGCAGGAGGAACUGGAGAGGCUUAAAGCUUCUUUGCAAUCUGAGAAGGAGAAGUUGCAAGAAAUCAUUAAUGAGCGUGAUAAACUUAAAACUCUGUAUAAUGAAAAGUUGUUUGCAUUGCAGGCUGCAUUAGCUGAUAAACGAACUAUUGAAGCCAAAUUUCCUAAGUUAGACUCACCCGAACAUCUAUCUUUGGAAAAUCAUGCUAGAAUGGAAAGCAUGCUUGCAUUUGGAAUUGGAGAUGGCGGAGAAAAUGUUUCUAUAAGAAAUAGUGUAAAUAAUUCUCAGCAGACAAUACGGAAACUUCAAGAGGAUUUGAAGAUAUACACCAAUGAAUUGCAGGCAUCUAAAGAUACUAUUAAGUCACUGCUGAAGGAGAAAUUAUUGCUUGAACAGAAGAUUCAAAUAUUUGAAAAGAAGAAAAAAGAUGAGAUUAGUAUGAUGAUAAACAAUUAUGAAGAUAAGCGUCAAAACUUUGCUCUAAAAAUUACUGAAUUUGAGCAAAAAUUGGUAAGCACAGCAGAAGUAUUAAGAGUGGCAGAAUCUACUAUUGCAACGAGAAACAUCGAAAUAGACGCAUUACAUGACAACUUAAAGGAGCUGCAAGAGUUGCGAGAUAUGAAAGAGGAUAUUGAUAGGAAAAACGAACAAACAGCUUUAAUUUUGAAGAGGCAAGGAUCACAACUGGCUGAGCUUGAAGCACUUUACAAAGAAGAACUAGUUUUACGGAAACGAUAUUAUAAUAUCAUUGAAGAUAUGAAAGGAAAGAUAAGGGUUUUCUGUCGUUUACGUCCUUUGAAUGAAAAGGAAAUUGCUGAGAAGAAGAAGAACGUAGUAUUUUCUGUAGAUGAGUUUACUGUUGAACAUCCAUGGAAAGAUGAAAAAUCAAAGCAACAUAUAUAUGAUCGUGUUUUUGGUCAAAAUGAUUCACAAGAGGAUGUUUUUGCGGAUACGAAGUAUCUAGUACAAUCUGCUGUUGAUGGAUACAAUGUCUGCAUAUUUGCAUAUGGGCAAACCGGUUCUGGUAAAACCUUCACAAUCUAUGGUUCAGAGAGCCAUCCCGGGCUAACCCCAAGAGCUACAGCUGAACUAUUCAGAUUAGUAGAUCGUGAUAGCAGCAAAUUCUUUUUUUCUCUGAAGGUUUAUAUGGUGGAAUUAUAUCAAGAUACUCUUGUUGAUCUCUUGCUACAGAAGAAUGCCAAACAUGUAAAGCUGGAAAUAAAAAAGGACUCAAAGGUAAUUUUAAUGAUGUCCAUUUUACAUGAUGCAAAUUUUCUUGUAUGACUUGUGUAAAAAAGG